AUGGAUUAUGUCGGACAUCGUGUUGUGCAAGAGGCUGCCAAAGAAGCCGCCAGCACAACGACGCCAUUCACACCCCUCAACCUCAUCCUCCUAAGCGUCCUCGUCUACACGGCAGUCUCGACCUUCUCGCGCUCCAACACGACGGCCCCGAUCCCCCGCGGCCCUCCGCCCAAGGUAUUCCGCACCUACACCCCGCGAACGCUGCUGCCCUUCAACGGCGAAAACGGCAACCCCAUCUUCUUCGCCGUCCGCGGCCGCGUCUUCGACGUCAGCAACGGGCGCAACUUCUACGGCCCCGGCGGCCCGUACUCCAACUUUGCGGGUCGCGAUGCCAGCCGCGGCCUGGCCUGCCACAGCUUCGACACGGAAAUGCUGACGGAGGACCUGGACGGCCCGCUGGACAAGCUCGACGGUCUUGGACCCAGCGAGAUGGACGCCUUGCAGGGCUGGGAGGAGACCUUCUCCGGGAAGUACGACAUUGUUGGCAAGCUUGUGUCGGUUGCCGACUACAAUGCCGGAAAGGCCGAGGGUGCGCAGUAG